UUUUUUUUAAAAAUCAUUUAUCGGCAGCCAUUUAAGUCUGCUGCGAGCUUUUAUAGAUUGCUUUGUAGUAUUUUAUAAAUUUUAUGCAGUUGUAAGAAUUUUUUUGUAAGCACUGGCUAUUAAACGGUUCGAAAAAAUGAUUUUAACUUUCUGUUUUGUCGCAUGCAUACUGCCCUUGGCAACAUUGGCACUUGACAAUGGCUUGGCGAGAACUCCACCGAUGGGAUGGCUAUCGUGGACUCGUUUUGCAUGCCAAAUUGACUGUGAAAAUGAUCCAAAAAAUUGUAUUAGUGAACAACUUAUAAAAGAUAUGGCAAAUCGCAUGGCUGCCGAUGGGUUUAAAGACGUUGGAUAUGAGUAUGUGAAUAUUGAUGAUUGUUGGUUAGAAAAGCAAAGAGAUGCAAAUGGCAAAUUAGUCGCUGAUAGAAAGAGAUUUCCCAGUGGAAUAAAAGGUUUGGCUGAUUAUGUUCAUUCAAAAGGAUUGAAACUAGGUAUUUACCAAGAUGUAGGUACUUCGACUUGUGCAGGAUAUCCUGGAAGCUACGGCCAUUUUGAUGUCGAUGCUGCAACUUUCGCAGAAUGGGGAGUGGAUAUGCUGAAAGUAGACGGUUGCUAUGCCGAUGCUAAGGAGAUGGACGAGACUUACCCACAAUAUUCUAUUGCGAUUAAUAAAACAGGUCGUCCUAUUUUAUUUUCUUGUGAAUGGCCAUUUUAUCAAACAGCAAAAGGAAUGAAACCAAACUUCACCCAGAUCGCCAAGUACUGCAACAUUUGGAGAAAUUACGACGAUGUAAACGACAGUUGGCAGAGUGUGCUAUCAAUUUUAAACUUUUUCAUUAAAAAUCAGGACGAACACGCUGCUAUUGCUGGUCCAGGCCAAUUUAAUGAUCCUGAUAUGCUUCUUAUUGGAAACUUUGGACUCAGCUAUGAUGAAGAGGUUGCUCAGCUUAUGUUAUGGUCAGUUAUGGCUAGUCCACUAAUAAUGUCAAAUGAUCUUCGGGAUAUAAGACAGGAAUCAAGUGAUUUGCUUAAGAAUAAAGAAAUAUUAGCUGUCAACCAAGAUCCACUGGGAAAAAUGGGAAAACAAGUUUCCAAAAGUGGUAAUAUAGAAAUAUGGACAAGGCCAAUUACUCCAGUAAUUGGAAAUGAUAAAUAUUCAUAUGCAAUUGUCUUUUUCUCUCGAAAUACUUUAGGCGGGCCAACAAAAGUAACAACAAAACUCAGUGCAAUUGGAUUAAAUUACGAGCAAUGCUACACAACAUACGAUGUAUUUGAUCCGUCAAAACAAACAAAACUUUGUCCUAAUGACUCAUUAACUGUUCAUGUUAACCCAUCAGGAGCUACUAUGAUUAUUGCAAAAUGUAACUCCUCAUAAAAGGAACAGUGUAAGGCUAAGGAAUUUUUUUUUUACCUCUAAGAGCUAGAAAUGGAUUAGCUUCGAAGGAUAUCUUAAUGAUUUUUCUUUCAUUUUUGUGUUUCCAUAUAGAUCUAUUAAAUACUUGUAAUAUAUACACUGUAUGCAAUUUUCAAUGCAACAUAAAAACAGAAUGGUCUAAUAGUUUUCUAUUGUUGUCGGUACAUUUUUAUUAACUUGAAAUAAAAUGAUUGAACUCCCA